AAGCAGUGGUCUUCCUCCGCAGAGCGACGGAAAGGGAAAAGGCUACUAGACUAGAAUAACCGAGGGACUCCACAAGUAGAGCUGCCGGUGUUCAGAAAUGUGUUCCCCAACAGCAAACCACAGGAGAGCUCCCGAGAGCAGCCUCCUUGAGCCUGGAUGCUGAGGAGUGACGGUGGGGCGAGUGUCGCUGCUGGAUUUUGGCCGCCGCCGCAGCUGCCACGGGGCACGCUGCGCAGUGAGGGGUCUGACCGCGCACCGACCGCUCUCGGCUCUCCGCUCUCCGGAGCCUGGGUCGGGCUGGGAAUGAGAAGUUAAAGAGAGCCAGGGCUGGGAGGCGCAAACCCCAACAAGAAAUCUAGGGAGUGAAAGGAGAGCGACGGUGAUCUUGAGCCAGGACAUCAGGCCAAGUGGACCUGGAGGAAAUGUCAUCAUUGGUAAAGGAGGACUUGGAGAAGAAACUGUUUAAGCCGCUCUCGCAGAAUCUGUACGAGUUUAUUGAGAUCGAGUUCUCGGUCCAGGACAGGUAUUACCUCUGUGUGUCAGUGACCAAAAAUGAAGAAGUAAAAAUAAUCAUGGUGAAACACUACAGAAUAGGUUUAGAUGAAAAAUACGAAGUGACAAAAAAGUGGUCUUUGAACGAUCUGCAGAUGAUUGAUGGAAAAGAAGCAGAUACUGACAAUCCAUUUUUUGAUCUGCAUUUCAAGAAAGUGUACAGUUUGGAAGCAUACAGUUGUGCUUCUAAAUAUGCCUUUGCUCGAACUGUAAAUAAGCUGAAUCAUGCGUAUCUUAAGAAGGAUUUACAGAUUGUGAACUUUGAUUCUACUUACAUUAAUGAUGAUUCUAUUUGGUCCUCCAACAACAAGGAUUGCUUGGUUCUUAUGAGAAUAUGCUUUUAUGUUUUCAAUCUAGUGUGCUUAUCCCUGUGUCCCCUGCCACUCUGAAGAUGUAUAUCAUGUUCCUUCAUCAGUGUUCUAUGAAGAUGGUUCCCUAGGUAAAUACCGAUAAUCAUGAUUUUGUUUUUCCCCUUCAUCAGUGACUAUGAUUUAUAUGAAAAUAAAGUGAUUUGCAGUGAAAUGUGUUUUAAUGCAAUCAUUCAACAUUUGGGACUUUGGCCUGUGCAUUGCUUGGUAACUUUAGAAGGAGCUGGAUGGUUUUGCCUACAUUUGUAUUCUACCAAAAAGUAUCAAGAAGUAUCUUGAAAGGCCUAAGUAAAUGGAAAGACAACCAUGU